AGCAACGAUUGGAUGAAUUCAUGCAAGGAUUCAACAUUAUUUCGCAAAAGCUCAAAGAGAUGUAUCAGAUGAUCACGAUGGGUGGUAACGCAGAGUUAGAGCUUGUCGAUAGUUUGGAUCCAUUUUCAGAAGGCAUCGUUUUCAGUGUCAUGCCACCCAAGAAGAGCUGGAAGAACAUUUCAAAUCUUUCCGGUGGUGAAAAGCUCUCUUGCACUUGUAUUUGCAUUGCAUCAUUUCAAACCUACACCUCUUUAUGUCAUGGAUGAAAUUGAUGCUGCCUUGGAUUUCCGUAACGUCUCUAUCGUCGCCAGCUACAUUGCCGAACGCACCAAAAACGCACAAUUCGUCAUUAUCAGCUUAAGAAACAAUAUGUUUGAAUUGGCUGAUCGUCUAGUCGGCAUCUACAAAACAAACGACUGUACAAAGAGUAUUGCUAUCAAUCCAUCCAUGAUAGCCAUGCUUACUGAAUUACAUCAACCCGAAAACCCCUCCUCGACACAACAACAGCAGCAAUCACAAUCACAACUACAAGUACAAUCACAAUCAUUAGCGCCGACAAGUCGCAAUCCUACACCUACCUAAAAGGGUUACUAUAACGCAAGCACAUUUUAACACGCACUCACCAUCAUAACGUUCCUCUUUUCGUUUACCCUUUUGUCUUUCCUAUCUUAAUGCAUUAAUAAUAUCAUCAAAAUCAUCGUCCCAUACAUGUAACCUACCGACAGU